CUCGAAAAAGAUUAGAAAUUUCCGUUGGGAUUAGCCUCUCUGUCAUGUCGCCAGUACAGCGCGACACUCCGCAUCCACCCAAAUCGGAGCUAGGGCUGCUGGCCUGCUGCCCCCCACGGAAGGCGCCAGGAGCCGCCGCAUCCGGCCGCAUCGCCGCCGGUCCCGCGCGAGGAGAGACAGCGGCGGCGUCUUCUGCCCGUUUGAGGAGCAGGGGAAGCUGGAUUUGAGGAUUCGGGGCACCAGCUAACGGCCGGCUCCAGCAUGGACACGGCGUUUCUGCGUUCUCCGCUUGCUCGCAAUCUAGUUUAUGACGAGUUUGCCGUUCUUCACUCCGCAAGCUACCGUUUCCAUCCUCUGCGGUAUUCGAGGUGCAAUCCGACAAACUCGACCCCCGGCCAAACGCUGUCUGCUUCGCCAUCAAGGGGCUUGACUCAGCGAGUGGCCGCGUUACCAAAUGUUGAUGAUUUUUUCUGGGAAAAGGAUCCCACUCCGAUCCUGGACACAAUUGAUGCGCCCAUUCAUUUGAAAAAUCUAUCUAGUAAGGAGCUCAAGCAGUUAGCUGAUGAAGUUCGUUCUGAAAUAUCUUUCAUAAUGUCCACAAAAUGCCAGCCAUGUGGUCCUGGUCGCUCAGUUGUGGAGCUGACAAUUGCUAUACAUUAUGUGUUCAAUGCCCCAAUGGAUAAGAUACUGUGGGAUGCUGGUCAGCAUGCGUAUGCACACAAGAUUCUCACAGGAAGGCGCUCUCUCUUUCAUACUAUUAAACAAAAAAACGGCCUUUCUGGUUUCACAUCUAGAUUUGAGAGCGAGUAUGAUCCCUUUGGUGCUGGACAUGGAUGCAAUAGUCUUUCUGCUGGCCUUGGGAUGGCGGUUGCAAGGGAUAUAAAUGGGAGAAAAAAUCGAAUAGUGACAGUUAUAAGUAAUUGGACAACCAUGGCUGGCCAGGUGUAUGAGGCAAUGGGUCAUGCUGGUUUCCUCGAUUCCAACAUGGUAGUUAUUCUAAAUGAUAGCUGUCACUCCUUGCUUCCUAAAGCUGAUGGCCGGCCAAAGAUGUCAGUCAAUGCCUUUUCUAGUGCUGUCAGCAAGAUUCAAUCCAGCAAAGGAUUUAGGAGGUUUAGGGAGGCUGCAAAGGGACUGGCUAAAUGGUUUGGCAAAGGAAUGCAUGAGUUUGCUGCCAAAGUUGACGAGUAUGCUCGUGGUAUGAUAGGUCCUCAUGGAGCAACUCUUUUUGAAGAACUUGGAUUAUAUUAUAUUGGUCCUAUUGAUGGGCAUAACAUUGAUGAUCUCAUCUGUGUAUUAAAGGAGGUCGCAACUCUAGAUUCAACUGGUCCAGUACUUGUACAUGUAAUUACUGGGACUGAAAUUGACACUGGUGGAAAUAUUAGGAGUGAAAUAACUCCAAAUGACGAAGGGCCUCCAAACUCAAGUCAUGAUCUUCUUAAAUUUUUAGAAACUGGGCUUUCUAGGACGUAUAAUGACUGCUUUGUAGAAGCAUUAACAGCAGAAGCAGAGAAUGACAAGCGCAUUGUGGUAGUUCAUGGUGGCAUGGGAAUGGAUCGAUCACUCCGCUUAUUCCAGUCCAGCUUCCCAGACAGAUUUUUUGACCUUGGCAUCGCUGAGCAACACGCUGUUACCUUUUCUGCUGGUUUGGCCUGUGGAGGUUUAAAGCCUUUCUGCAUAAUUCCAUCCACAUUUCUUCAGCGAGCAUAUGAUCAGAUAGUUGAAGAUGUGGACAUGCAAAAGAUACCGGUUCGAUUUGCUAUCACAAAUGCUGGUCUGGUGGGGUCUGAGGGCCCAACUAAUUCAGGACCAUUUGAUAUAACAUUCAUGUCCUGCUUGCCAAACAUGAUUGUCAUGUCACCAUCUAACGAGGAUGAACUUAUUGACAUGGUGGCAACAGCUGCAAUGGUUGAGGACAGACCUAUUUGCUUCCGGUAUCCUAGGGGCGCCAUUGUUGGGACUAGCGGCACUUUAACGUAUGGGAAUCCACUUCAGAUUGGUAAAGGAGAGAUUCUUGUUGAGGGAAAAGAGAUAGCUUUUCUUGGCUAUGGUGAGGUGGUCCAGCGAUGCUUGAUUGCUCGAUCUCUUUUAUCAAACUUUGGCAUUCAGGCGACAGUUGCAAAUGCAAGAUUUUGCAAGCCACUUGACAUUGAUCUAAUCAGAACGCUAUGUCAGCAGCAUAGUUUUCUUAUCACAGUGGAAGAAGGAACAGUUGGCGGCUUUGGAUCGCAUGUCUCUCAGUUUAUUUCACUCGAUGGUCUACUUGAUGGCCGAAUAAAGUGGCGACCCAUUGUGCUACCAGACAGGUAUAUCGAACACGCUUCACUCGCUGAGCAACUCGACUUGGCUGGCCUAACUGCUCAUCACAUAGCUGCAACCGCAUUGACCCUCCUAGGGCGUCACCGAGAUGCACUUCUGUUGAUGAAGUAGAGAAACGGAAACAAGAAGAAAAGUUAAAAUCACUCGGUACUGUGCAAAAGUUUGACACGAAGAACACUUAACCUGAGCCUGUCGUGGGAGAUGGCCAAAUGCACUACUCUGAAGAGUUACAGUAAAGGCAACACUAUGUUUGCGCCGUGCAUACUAUAAACCCUAUUUUGGGCAUCAGGUGACCCUGCAAAGCAUUUACAGGACGAUACGCUGUAAUGUAUUGUGGAUGUAAAUACUAAAACGGCGGUGCUAUUUUGGUGAUUAGGUGAGCCCUUAAAGCAUUUACACGAUGAUACGCUGUAAUGUAAUGUGGAUGUAAAUAGGUGUUGAGGUGCCAUGUAUCGGUCGCUUAAUAAGGCUACUGAGUUUAUAAUGUACCAGUUCCAUUCUGAAUGAAAUGAUAUGGCGAAUUUGGGGGCGUGAA